AUGGGUGGCAGGGAAGAAAUAAAGCAUUUAUUGGCCGAAGCUGCCAAAUUUUACGCAGCCAGAGAUUAUGAGAAAUCCACUAAUUUAUACUCUGAGGUGAACGCACUUCAUGACACGCUGACUGGCACGAGCAGCGCCGAUUACCUAUUUUUGUAUGGUAAAUCCCUCUUCCAGCUUGCGCUAUCUCAAUCUGAGGUCUUUGGCAAAGACGAGGAGACUGCAGGCGGCGAGAGCGAUAGCGAUGAGGAGGAGAGCAGCAAGAAGCAUGAGCUAUAUCAGUUCAGCGAAACGCUCGCUGAAGGGGAUGAGAUCGAAAAAGGAGAUGAUGCUGAGCAAGAUGAUGAAGAAGUGGAAGGAGAACAUCCCGGCGAAAAUGAGCAUGAAGGGGCGGGUGAUGAAGGACAAGAGGAAGAGCCUUCAGACUUUGAGAACGCAUGGGAGAUAUUAGAAUUGGCGCGCUCCGUUUACGAAAAACAGCCACAGGAGCCAGAAACGCUGCGCAAACUGUCUGAGACAUACGAUAUUCUCGGCGAGAUAUCGCUUGAGACGGAAAACUUUCCACAGGCUAAGCAGGACUUUGAGAAAUGCCUUGAGCUACGCCAGGCUGUCUAUGGUACGGUUGACGCGACCCAUAGACUCAUCAUUGAGUCUUACUACAAACUGUCUUUAGUUCUGGAAUUUGAUCCAAACGAUGCCAAAGACUGUCAAGAAAACUUGAGCAAGGCGGUUGAGUUGCUAGAAAAGCGUAUCAAAGAGAAAGGCGCCGAAGGGGGUGACGACGGAUUAUUAGAGGAGCUCAAGCUCAAGCUCAAAGAGCUGAAGACAACUGAAGCGUCCCUAAAUGCCAUAAAGCACCAAAGCAUGGCACAAAUAAAGGAGGCCCUCGGCUUGCCUUCGGAUUCCAAAAGCGCACCUGCCGCUGUAAAUGACCUCACUUCAAUGGUCAAAAAGAGGAAGUCCAAACCAGAGAAGGACACUGCUUCCAAGAAGCAAAAGAACUAA